AGAACGCCUCCGCCAUCGCUGCGGCGAUGGUUUGGGUUCUGAGGGACGGGUUCGGGAUGAUCGGGAGCCUACUUUUCUCCUACGCGGCGUCUUCCCACAUGGACAGCAACAUCAAGGAGUGGCGGCUGUUCGCCGACAUCGCCAAUGACGUCGGCCUUACGCUGGACCUCGUGGCGCCGGUGUUUAGGGGCAACUUCGCCGUAGUGUCGUCGCUGGCUACCGUUUUUAAGGAAAGAAAGGACGUGGUGCAUGCAUUUCUGAUUGUGGUUCGGAGCGGUGAACAGGAGCGUACUUUGCCUUGAGGCCCUUCCUUUUGAAGUGGCGGCCCUGAGCACACUCCCUUCUUCUUGGCCUUUGCGCACCUGCAGCACGUUUCACUGGGACGAGCUUCGGACACCCUCGCGCGGGCGGCUUUCGUCUGCGCUUGAUCUCAUGUUUGCACUGUUCUCUUUCGGACUGUACGUACGUUAUUUCUUUCAAUUCGAUCUGCAAACAUACGAUCGUUCCUCGCUUUUGUGUGAUCUGACAACCCUCAUAACCCUCUCCCCCGGACGCGUUGGCU